CGCGCGGAGCCGCUCGCGCCGUUCCCGCCGCCGCUGAUUGGUCCCGCGCGGCGCCGCCGCGGGCGCUGAUUGGUCCCGGGAGCUGAGGGGCGGGGCUCUGAGCCUGAGGGGGCGUGUCCGGUGCCUUGUGGGCGGGGCCUGCGCCAUGCCAAAGCGCGGGAAGAAGAAGGAGGAGAGCGGCAGCGGGGACGAGGACGGGCCCAGCCCGGCCAAGGCGGCCAAGGCGGCCAAGGCGGCGCCGGCCCCGCCCUACGAGGACCCGCCCACCCGCGAGGCCACGCCCGACGGGCGGCGCUGGACGCUCAAGGUGACCUCGUGGAACGUGGACGGGCUGCGGGCGUGGGUGCGCAAGGGCGGGGCCCAGUGGGUGCAGGAGGAGGCGCCGGACGUGCUGUGCCUGCAGGAGACCAAGUGCGCGGCGGCGGCCGUGCCCGCUGAGGUGCGGGCGCUGCCGGGGCUGCCCCACCAGUUCUGGAGCAGCGCCCAGGACCGGCCGGGCUACAGCGGCGUGGGGCUGCUGGCCAGGAGCGAGCCGCUGGACGUCACCUACGGCAUCGGUGACCCCGAGCACGACGCCGACGGCCGCGUGGUGACGGCCGAGUUCCCCUCCCUCUUCGUGGUCUGCGCCUACGUGCCCAACGCCGGGCGGGGCCUGGUGCGCCUGGAGCCGCGGCAGCGCUUCGACGCCGCCUUCCUGGCGUUCCUGCGCCGCCUGGACGCGCGCAAGCCGGUGCUGCUCUGCGGGGACCUCAACGUGGCGCACCAGGAGAUCGACCUGUGCCACCCCCGCGCCAACCGCGCCAGCCCCGGCUUCACGCCGCAGGAGCGCGAGGGCUUCUCGCGGCUGCUGGACGCCGGCUUCGUCGACUCCUUCCGCCACCUGUACCCCGAGGCGCGCGGCGCCUUCACCUUCUGGACCUACCUGGGCGGCGCGCGGGCGCGGAACGUGGGCUGGCGGCUCGACUACGCCGUGGUGUCGCGGCGGCUGCUGGGGGCGCUGUGCGACUCCAAGAUCCGCAGCGCCGCGGCGGGCAGCGACCACUGCCCCAUCACCGCGCUGCUCGCCGUGUAGCGGCGGUGAAACGGUUAAGUUUGGGUCAGGGUUGG